GUGGAUUUGGCGCGGUGAACGCGGUCCGUGUUGUUUGGCGCCAUUUGCGGCGAAAGGAACAAGUUUAGUUUGAUAUUUUUACAGUAAAUGGUUCGGGUCCGAUUUAAAUCUCUGAAUAUUUUCCUCACCCAUGUUUACACUUCAGUGAGCGUUUGCUUGCGGUUAUUUACACGCGUGUCAUGUGUGUUUCGCUAACUCUGUAGCAUGUAAGUCAUUGUUAUUGAGGGGUAGUUCGCUAGUCAGUGAGAUAACCAGGUUGACUAGUCGCUUGUGUUUAGUUUGGGUCUAGUUAUUAGUUAUUAGAUACCGUUUUGCUGGUUAUGGGUCUGUGUUGAUUUCAUCGGCACUUUCUUGGACGUGGACAAUGCAUUUUCCUGGCUUUAGAGUGAAGGAAAACCUCUGAUCUCUAAUUUUGAGAUACUUCAGAAAUGGCUGGACUUGUUGCCAUGGCAGCUGGUCUUGAGGAUUUUGAGGCUACCCAGCCAUGCAAGAAGUCGAGGAAGGAUGACGAGCCGCCACCAGCAGCAACGCCAAAGACCAUCACAAACUACUUCAUGCCUUUACCCAAGCCUGUGGACAAGCCUUUCUCCCCGCCCCGAUCAAACAACAUCAUGGACUACUUUCGGAAACCAGCAGCCUCUCAGGAAAAGACUACCUCUUCCCAAAAGAGCAGUCCGCUUCAGUCCAAAGAGAGUCACUGUGAAGAAGUCUCUCCUAAGGUGAGUAGGGCACCGAGACAAAAACGGACCAGGAAAACCAAGGAAAAACAGAACAAGUUAAAAGAGGAGCAUGAGGAGGAGGAAAAGGACGUGCUCGCUGAUAACUGUAUAUUAGAAAGCCCAGAUGAAUCAUUAAUAAAAGAAGGAGGCAGCCCGUCUGUGCAGACAAACAAUGAAAACGGCGCAGAUGAAGAACCUUUAAAAAGCAAGAAUGCCACAGAUACCAGCACAGAUGAGAGAAAAGCAAAGGUGCAAAAUCCUAAACGUAAGAAUUUAGCUUCCCAGAGUCAGACUGAUGAUAAUUUUGUUAAUGAUGAUGAUGAUGAUGAUGAUGCGUCGGCUCAAGAAGACAAGUGUAGAGUUAAAAGGUCUGCGGUGAGGAGAAACAGAAAAGCCAACGUCGGACAGAGUGACACGUGCGACACUGAGCAGGAUCAGUCUCUGCAUGACGCCAGUAUGGAGGUCAAUGUAGAUGAAACGUCCAUGUUGAGCUGCAGCACUGUUACCGUGUCCUUUGAAGAAUUUGUUCAGAGCCAGAUGCAAAACCAGGAUGAGGUUGCCGCUGAUGCCAAGUCGGAGACUUGUGCCGUGGAAAGCUCCGAAACGAAGCCUUGCACGGAUGCAAGUGAUCCGGUCAUUGUUGCGGUGUCACCAAGAACCCUUACGGUCCAAGCUGAAGUGCAUCCGAUCUCCCCCAAUCAUGAGACGGUCAAGGGCCCUCAGUUAAAAGUGGCUUCAAUUUUCACUAGGAAUAAAAAGGACAGCCAGUUAAAGGAUAGCAAACAGCCAUCCUCUGAUAACCCACAGGUGAGCACAGACAUUCUGCCGGGCCUUAAGAGAAAAUCUAACGUCGUACUACAUGAAGAAGAUUUGGAGCUUGCUGUGGUUGAAUCCAGCUCCACUCCUAAAUGCACCCAAGAAGAACGGAAACAGUUUAUGAACGCUUUCAAGCAGCCUGGUCUGGACGGAUCUAAAGCUAAACCCAGCAAAGGCCUGAGCAAAUCCAAGCCAGCUAAAGAAAACGCCUCUGAGACGCCAGAACCUGAAAAGAAAGCCGAUGAGACUGAUCCCGACCCGACCGUGUUGGAACAGGAUACAGAGCAACAAAAGGCUAAGGCUUUUGGGAAGAAAAGAGGUAGAAAGUCUGUGAAGAAAGACCAGACAGACCAGUCUGAAGAAGUACCGGUUACUCCAAUGCAAGAGGAACCUCCUGCAUCUGUAGAGGUAGAAAACAAGACCGGUUUGGGUGAUGACGGUGACAAGCAGUGUGUCAAAGAGCUUAGGAGGUCUACCAGAGAGCAGACACGCAGACAAGCAGCUCCUGCACCUGAAAGAAAUCCGUCUCCUCGCAAGACAAGAAGCCGUGAGAAGGCAGAAACACCUGCAGCUUCCCACCAGGAUGACGUAACUCCCGCUUCCACCCCAAAGUCUCACAGGGUCAGAAAGAAUGUUUACAAAGCUGAGAUGCUUUAUCCACUCAACAAACGAGAAAGCCCCAUCAGAAUGAGGUUCACCAGAGUGUUUCCUUCUUCUGCCACCAAAAAUGGAGAUUUUGAAAUAUUGAGUCCUCUUUCAGCACUGAAUCAGGAAUCAAACUCGAUGAGGAAACAGGCUAAAAAGUUGGUGCAGAAAGCUAAAGCACUGCAGAAAAGUAAACAGUCUGCUGCAGGGGAGAAGCCCGCUGUGCGACGCUCCACGAGGAGCAAAGAGUCGAGCCAGAUAAACUACUGUGAGGAUGAGGACUCUGUUGUGUUCCUGGAGGACGUAAUAACAAGCAGCCCAGCACCUGCGACUCAAGACGGUGGCAACAGUCAGAAAAAACUUCGCAGUCUAAAUGACGUUUUAGGCAAAAACAUGCUUCCAAGUAAGGCUUUAAAGAAUACUCCAGCUUCUAAACAUGGCUCAGUGCUUGUGGAAAGGAAAUCUCAGAGACCUUCAGCUAUCAUCUCGCUACUUGAUGACAGCAGCCGCGAGGGUUCAGAGAACUCUCAAGAUGACGAGCAGUUCCGGGCGAAGAGGGAGUUUCUGAAAAGUGGCCUUCCCGAGUCUUUUAAGAAGCAGAUUGCUAAGAUGGCCGCUAACAGAGAGGCGUACGCACAAGCCUGUACUUCAUUCCAGUCUGUGGUUCACGUGCAGCAGAGACCCAUGGAUUGCUCUAUGUGGACUCUUCCCUGGCCUGAAAAUCCGUUCUUGAGUUGUCUGAAGGAGUGUUCUAAUACCCCGUCCACUCCGUUUGUGUUAUUGGAGGACUGUGCAAGCAACUACACUGUUCCUGCUCAGAGAACCUGCAGAGUAGAGGGCUCUGGGAGGCGAGAGAAUUUUACGGAGCCUGUUAGAGAGCGAUUGCUGGAGGAAAUUAGCAUAUCCAAUCCCUCGUUCCCUGUCCAGAGAUUUUUUACUCGAUUCCUAAAGAGACACCAACAGGAAUAUGUACAGGCUGCUAUUACCGAAGCUGAGGGUGGGUCUAAAGCAGCUCCUACUGAGUCCAUUGGAGGAAAGCGUAAGCGUGUAGAUGAAGGAGAGAGAGCAGGCAGGCUUGCCAAGAAACAGAAGUCUGUUCAUAAGCAGGAGGACACCAUAGUUAUAGAGGAUAGCCCAGGUUCUGCAGACGGAGGAACGCCAGAGGCAACUGACUCCGUGGUUCGUAGCUCAGGCCGGAGGAGACGAUCACUGAGAAACAAGCAGGGGACAGAAGAUGAGCCCAAACCCAAAGAGGACAAGAAGCAGUGUGACGCUGUCAUUAUACUUGACUCUCCAACUUCAGAAUCAUGUGCCAAAGAUUGUGGUACUGAGGAUGUGCCUUGGACCGAGAAGUACCAGCCCCAGCAAUCUAGUGACAUCAUUGGAAACACCGCCUCUGUUAGGAAGUUGCACAGUUGGUUGAAGGAAUGGAAACUCAGGGCCGACCGUGAAGAAAGAACAAGGCAGCAGGAGAAAAAGCACGAGGACGAUAGUAAUGACUCCUGGUUAGGAGGUGACGGUAACGAGGGGAUGGAGGAUGCAGAGGACAUGCUUUGUAACACGCUGCUCAUCACAGGCCCCACCGGAGUAGGAAAAACCGCUGCCGUUUAUGCCUGCGCUCAGGAGCUCGGCUUCAAGGUGUUUGAGGUAAAUUGUUCCUCUCAGCGAAGUGGCCGUCAGAUCUUGUCUCAGUUGAAAGAGGCCACCCAGUCUCAUCAAGUGGACAUCCACGGGGUCAAUGCCCAUAAGCCCACUUACUUCAACAGUUACAGCACCGGUAGUCUUUCAACCAAACCUGGAUCUUCACCUAGUUUAUCUUUUCCGCUCACAGGGAAGGUGAACUCUCCUAGACGAGUUGUGUCCUCACCCAGGAAACCACCACAGUCCCCUCGAGGUGCUACGUCGAGGAAAGGAAGCUUGGCACCAAAAUCAUUGGCUAAUUUCUUCAAAAUGAGUGGAAGGCCUACAGGCAAAGGUGACACUAGUGAAGAUAAAAAGGCUCAAACAAGCUGUCCAAAGUCUGGUAAAGUCACUAAAGCUGAUUGUAAGAGUCAAGAGACUAAAGCCUCCUCUGAAGAGCAGAGCAAGAGAACAGCCACGUCUCUCAUCCUGUUUGAAGAAGUUGACGUCAUAUUUGAUGACGAUUCUGGUUUUCUGGCUGCAGUUAAAACCUUUAUGACAACCACCAAAAGACCAGUCAUCCUAACAACCAGCGAUCCUACAUUCAGUGCAAUGUUUGACGGCUACUUUGAUGAAAUCCUUUUCAAGGCUCCAUCUUUGGUGGACAUGACGAGUUACCUGCAGCUGCUGUGUCUCGUGGAAAACGUGAGGACAGACAUGCAGGACUUGUCGUGUUUGCUGCACUGGAAUGGAUGUGACGUCCGACAGAGCCUCCUGCACCUGCAGUUCUGGACACGCAGUGGAGGAGGACGCCAGGUUCCACGUCCCUUCUUACAGACAGGAGCGUCUGAGGGUGAGAUCAAGAACGAGGCUGCUAAAGGUGUUGCGAACGGUGAUGUGCUACCUCCUGCAACUGUACCACAUUGUCAUACAGGAUGCACAGAGUCUUCAUUAGGCCUUCUGAACACCCAGCAAGAAAAAGGAGUAGAAGGCUUGUUAAAGGGUGAACCUUCAGCUGUAGACAGGACGAUCUGGUUCAAUCUUCUCUCCGAAGCUGAAAGGAGAGGUGUGAAUUUGCUGUACUCAAAUUUGGAAGUGCUGCUCCCGCUGCCCAUUCGUCCUUUACCAGAUCCUGUCAACAGACAACGAUUGCCAUCGAACACAGAGCCGCAAACUGGGCUCAUAGCUAGAUACAACAACAUGGUAGAACAGGAAGAGCAUUCUGAUGGCUCAAGCCCUCUCAAAGUGUCCUGUAGAAUGAGGCGGAAAAAGCAGUUGAACACAGACACUAAAAGUGCUCUUCAGUCAGAUUCGGAAUCCGAGGAUGGCUUUCUGUCCCUGCCUAAGCCUAGUUCUGACACAAAACCAGCACAGGAUGAGGCUGCUCAGGAUCCACCAGCGUCCAAAGCUGUGAAGGUGAAAGUUGAGUUGUCUGAUUCUGAAAAGAAAAAGAGUCAGCCUGUGUCACGGUGCCUGAGCUCUUUAGCUGAGUAUUUGGACCACAUGUCAUUCCUGGACUCGUCUCUGCACCACGAGCCUCCUCAAACAGAAGGAGCGUGCAGACCACAGGACUUCACCGGGGCAGGAGCGGAGGUCAAAUGCGGAAUGACCGAUGAGGUUUGCCUGGAGGGUGGAGGUCAUGUGAACGGGUUUGACUCCGAAGAAAUUCAAGCUGUGUUAGGGAGUCUGAGUUUUUCUAAGUGUAAGGCGAGAAUCUCUGAAGCCUGGAAUAAAGUCCAGGAGUUGGACGAGCCGACGAGGAAGGAGACCGUAGAAGAGCUCACCCUUCCUGUUGCGUCACACAGGCAGAGAUUCGGGCUCUCUCACAGCAAACUGCUUGAACCCAGGGUGAUGGAUACGAGGAAGGAAGUGAUGAAUACAGUCCUCACCAGCCGAUCAUUCAGUACACAGGGGAACAAAGUGGCAACGAGCGUGGACUACCUGCCCUAUCUGCGCACCAUUUGCAGAUCAGAAAGACUAAAGGAGCAGGGCAAGGUCAAACGCAGGUUCAUGCACUACCUUGAUACCAUUCACCUCGAACUACCUAAAAGCACUCUUCUGCACCUGGCCUCAGAUUUCCCUUGAGUUGUGUGAUGGCUCGGUGCUGAAGCAGCCUGCUUAUGGCAGCUGGAUUAUAUGCAUUUGUACAGUAACAUUAUAUGCCAUGAUAGCAGGUGAGGUUUUAUGUUGGUUUGAUUUUCUUGUGUGUUUUUUUUUUUAUUAUUAUUAUUAACCUGAAUGUUUGGAGAGCUUAAUGUUUUGUACUUUUAUCAUGUUAGUAUCUUUUUAUGAAGUAAUAAAUUUGUACUCGUCAGAAAACACGUUUACACCGGAAAAAUGUAUAUAACACUGAAAAAUUGUUCUCGGAGACGUCUCUAGGCUGCUCUGGUAGUUCAGUGCCGCCUUCACUAACUUCACGGUUUAAUAUCAGGCACUAAAAUUCAUCUCGCUAUUUUCCGAUUGUUUUCUAUCCGGAUUAACAUCCCUUGAUUAGUAUUAAUAUUUACAACUACGACUUUAUUUAAUGUCUGAAUGAAAUCAAAGAAUAAAUGUGUAUAUUUUUUACAACCGAACAUGUACGUCAAGACCUUUUUUUUUGCCAUUUGACUGUUUAAACUCGGUCACAGUUUUAGACAAUUUUAUUUUAAGGGUUUAACAUGUUAUUUCAUGUCCCUCAAGUGGAGAAAGUAAUAAAAAAAAUUAUAUUCUUCCAAAAUGGUAUCUGCAUUUCAAUCUGUAAUUUUAUCUAUUAUAUAUUUUAAAUGAUCACAUUUGUAUUAAAAGAAGUUAGACAUGACCAUCACUCUUGUUUGUGGGUCUUCCCAUUGUGUAUAGAAUGUCUCAGUAUUGUGUAGUAUUGCCAUUUCCCUUCACUGGAACUCCUCAAACCCUGUUCCAGCAUGACAAUGCCCCUGUACACAAAUCACAGAGCUCCAUGAAGACAUGGUGUGAGAAGGUUGGAGUGGAAGAACUGGAGUGUCCUGCACUGAGCCCUGACUCUGACUCAACCCCACUGAACACCUUCAGGAUGAACUGGAACACCGACUGAACCCCAGACCUCCGCACUCUUGCAACAUCAGUGUCUGAUCUCACUAAUGCUCUUCUAGCUGAAUGAUCACUAAUCUCCACUAGUGGAAAACCUUCACACAGGUGAAGAGGACAUUAUAUCAGGAAAGGCGGACAGAAUUUGGGCUGGGAAUUUCAACA